AUGGAUCGCGGUUGGAUGUAUGGUAGACGUGAUACGUUGGAUUUCUUUAAUGGGGUCCAAGAGUUUUGCGAUAGUGCUUCACAAUAUCAGAUCAAAACGGGUGUGAAUGACCUUUAUUGUCCUUGUGUCAACUGUAAUAAUGUGACAAUGGUCGACAGUGUUGAUACAAUAAGGGAUCAUGUGGUAUGUCAUGGGUUUAGGCCUCAAUAUCAUGUGUGGGUUUGGCACGGUGAACAGGGAUCGUAUAGGGAGAAUGUUGUUGGGAAUGAUACUCACGAUAACAAAGUCGAGAUUCGUGCGGAAGAUGAUUAUGGUACUGAUGGUGGUGGAGAUGGAGAUGAGGAUGGGGAUGAGAUCGAGGACGUUGGUGGUGAUCACUUGGAUAAGAUGAUGCAUAAUGUUGAAGAGUUGGAGGAAUGUCCACGUUGUGGUAAGUCGCGUUACAAGCGAAAGAGCUGCAAUGCUGGUAUGAAGGGACCUCAUGCCAAAGUGUUAUGGUAUCUUCCCAUCAUUCCAAGGUUCAAGCGUCUAUUUUCAAUACCAAAAGAUGCUAAGAACAUGAGAUGGCAUGCAGAGGGAAGAAAGAAAAACGGUAUGCUAAAGCAUCCGGCUGACUCUCUGGGUUGGAAGAACAUCGAUAUGAAGGUCAGGGCAUUUGGUGAUGAAGUCAGAAGUUUGAGGCUUGGGUUGCGCACCGAUGGUAUGAAUCCAUUUGGCACUCUGAGUACCCAACAUAGCACAUGGCCGGUACUUUUAGUGAUCUACAACUUGCCUCCGUGGUUGUGUAUGAAACGAAAAUAUGUAAUGUUGUCUCUUUUAAUAACGGGGCCAAGGCAACCUGGACACGACAUUGAUGUUUACCUUGAGCCCCUUGUUGAUGAUUUGAGAAAGAUGUGGGACGAAGGAGUUUCUGUUUAUGAUGCCCAUAAGAACGAGAUGUUCCUAAUGCGUGCAGCCCUGAUGUGGACCAUUAAUGAUUUUCCCGUAUAUGGCAACCUGUCCAGGUAUAAGAACAAAGGGCAUAAAUCAUGUCCUAUUUGUAUCGAUGACACACCAAACGUGUACCUUGAACACUACGGCAAAGAUGUGUACGUGAGGACCCGACGAUUGCUUCGGCGCGAUCACCCAUAUCGUAGGCAGAAAAAGGCCUUCAAUGGGAAAGUUGAAGAAGGGGUUGCGCCUAGGCCAUUGAGUGGACAUGAGGUGUAUGGUCGAGUGAAGGGUAUACCAACUGUUUUUGAGAAGAAUGUUUGUGAUGCAGUUCUUGGGACAAUAAUGGGUAUUCAUGGCAAGACAAAGGAUGGGAAGAGCGCCCGAUUAGAUUUGGAAGCGUGGGGUGUUCGUCCGGAAUUGUGGGUCCAGCCAAAGGAAGGGAAGGCAAAGGUAAUGGAAAAGGUAAGGGAAGAUGGUGGCAAUAAACGUAAGGGGGAGCGUAAAGGAAAGGGCAUCGGUGUAUCAAAGAAGAAAGAUGAAAAGGUUCCCUCUGGUUUCUCGUCAAACAUGAAAAGAUUCGUUUCCUUGACUGGGGAAUUGAAGUUGACUAGUAUGAAAUCUCAUGAUUGUCACAUGAUGAUCAAAGUGCUCGAUCCUUUUACACUUGAUGCUCUCCAGGUGAAUGUAGUUGUAACAUUGUGCAAAUUUGAGAUGUAUUUUCCACCAUCAUUUUUUGACAUAUUGGUGCAUUUGGUCCUUCAUUUGGUUCGUGAGAUCAAGAUGUGUGGUCCAGUCUUUAUGAGGUGGUGCUAUCCUUUUGAAAGACACAUGGGCACAUUACAACAUAAAGUCAGGAAUCCAGCCCAUCCAGAAGGUAGUAUGAUUCAAGGGAUUGUGGCGGAGGAGAUUGGUAAUUUCGUAGCGGAGUAUGUUGCCGUUGCUGAACCAAUUGGGCUUCCCACUUCCCGACAUGAAGGGAGACUUGAUGGUCAUGGCACACUCGGGUCGAAACGGAUCUCACCUACUCAUGAUCAGUUCUUGCAAGCUCACUUAUUUGUGCUUCAUCAUGUUGCGGAGGUUCACCCAUAUUUAGAAGAGCACAUGGAUAGUUUGCGUGCAGAAUUUCCAUCAAAAGGGGAAAGGGCACUAAUGCAGUUUCAUAAUAAGAUGUUUGUGACAUGGUUCCAUGAUCGAGUUAUGCGUCAAUUGGAUGAGAGUGUCUCUGAUACUGUAAAGUGGCUAGCUUAUGGUCCAAAGGAAGAUGUUUAUUCUUUUGAGGGAUAUGACAUUAAUGGGUAUACAUUCUGGACUGAGCAUCGUGAUCAGAAAUCCUCAUCGACUCAAAAUAGUGGUGUCACUCUUGUGGCUUCAUCAACAGAGUUUGCCAGUGCGAAGGAUACAUCACCGGUUGACGCACAAUUAUCCUACUACGGACGAAUUCAGGAAAUAUGGGAACUAGAUUAUCGUGAGUUCAAGGUAGGUCUAUUUAAAUGUAAAUGGGUCGAUAAUAUUAGGCGCAACAUCAGACACGAUGACUUCACUCUUGUAGACCUUGGCCACUUGCGGGAUAGUUUGGAACCAUUCAUCCUUGCAUCUCAAGCUAAGCAAGUGUUCUAUGUAACUGACCCAGCCGAUCCUAAAUGGUCCAUCGUCCUUGCUAGCAAGAGAAGAAUCUUAGGGUUUGGAGAUGUCGAAGACGAGGACGAAUAUGAUGCGUUUGAUGAUUCACCCCCUUUCACUGCCCCUAGAGUUGACGUAUCAAAUGAUGUAGACAAGGAUGCAAAUUAUAUUCGAGCAGACCACAAUGAGGGAAUACUCGAAUGA